AUGGGCAAUUAAUGUAAAGGAGUCGGCGAAGAGAGAACUGUAAAAUCCAACAAUGGUCUCGCUCAAAAUAUCCCAUCCAAAAAACCUAGAUUAUAAGAUUUCAAGAAACUCAAAAAGCUGGGCUAAGGAGCCUACGGAUCUGUCUUCUUGGUCGAACAUAAAAAUGAAUUUUACGCCAUGAAGGAAAUUGCCAAGUCCAGAAUUCAAAAGAAAAGCACCAAACAACAUAUAGAUUCUGAAAGGCAAAUACUUCAAUGCACUAAAAGUAAAUACCUUGUAGAACUCAAAUAUGCAUUUCAAGAUGACAGAAAUCUCUACAUGGUCGUCAAUUAUGUCAAAGGAGGAGAACUGUUCUUUCACAUCAGAGAAGCAGGUAGUUUUACCCUAGAAAUCUGCAAAUUUUAUUCAGCCCAAAUACUUAUGGCCUUGCUAGAAUUGCACAACUAGAACAUCAUCUACAGAGAUUUAAAACCAGAAAAUAUCCUCCUGGAUGAAUAAGGACAUGUAGUAUUAACCGAUUUCGGGCUAAGCAAACAUUUAUGCGAUGAUGAAUUAACCAAAAGCAUGUGUGGAACUCCAGAAUACUUGGCACCUGAAAUCAUUACUUCCAAUAAUGGAUACUCUUUCGAAGUCGACUACUACAGCUUAGGAUGCAUUAUCUAUGAAAUGCUGAAUGGUAAAACUCCAUUCUACUCCACUAAUAAAAGACAAAUGUUUCAGGACAGAUUGACUAGAAAAGUAACUUGGCCUGAUUCUAUUGAUGAAACAGCCAUCUCCCUAGUAAAUGGGUUAUUAGAAAUUGAUCCUUUAAAGCGAUUAUAAGGAGAUGAAAUAAAAAAGCAUAAAUUCUUCGAAGAUAUUAAUUUUGAUGAACUUAGGAAUGUUAAACCUCCAUACAAUUUCAACUAAUCAUCUGCAUCUAAGUUCUUCGAACAAUUCAAUAGCACUAACAAAACAACAUGUUACACAACCGUAUAACCAAUGAUUUAAGAAUAACAAUUUUAAUUCUAAGAGUUUUCUUUUCCACAAGAAUGA